AUGCUAACCGACCAAAUUUCCAAUUUUUUUUUGUUAAAAGUAUUGCGGAUCCCGCCGCCGGACAGGACUGCCUCCGCCGCACCUUCAACUUCCGCAUCAUCCCCGACGACCCGCGCCUACAACAACAAGGUCGUCUCCUCCCUCCAUCCCUUGGCUAUUAGUCGAUUUAUCCCAGGGUCAUUCGUGAGCACACUGAUCAUAGCGGAGCACGAAGGCGGGCUUGUCAAGCCAUCUUCCCUGAGCGCGUUGGCGGUAUUCGAGGCCAUCGCCAAAGAGAACAAGGUGUCUCUUCUUCUCGGUGGAUCCGGACCGACGCUGCACAAGGCUGCCCAGCAUGCUGCGUCUAGCCACCCAUUGGUCAAUGAGGUUCUUGUUGCGGAUUCACACGUGUUUGCGCAUCCUUUAGCUGAGCCUUGGGCUGAGCUCCUCCGCUCCGUGCAGCAGAAAGGUGGAUAUUCUCAUGUGAUAGCCUCGUCGACGUCGUUUGGGAAGAAUUUGCUUCCACGUGCAGCGGCUCUUCUAGAUGUCUCCCCUGUCACAGACGUCACUGCCAUAUCAGAACCACAGGUCUUUGUGAGGCCAAUUUAUGUUGGAAAUGCACUCUGCACUGUACGAUAUACCGGGGAGUCUCCUUGUAUGAUGAGUAUUAGAUCAACAUCAUUUUCCCCAGCUACUGAGUCUAUGUCAGAAACUAAAGUUGCGCCCAUAACCCAGGUUGAUCUCUCUUUCCUCAGUGAAGGUUUGUGUGGUUCCCUCACCAUAUUAUUCUAUUAUCAACACUCUUCUAUGCCUAGCAGAGUUUUUGUUGUUAAUGUUGCAUUACCUUUCUUAGACCGUGGAUCUGUUAAGACAAUAUUCUGA